AUGAGCAGAAGUGAUAUUGUAGCUGAGAUUAGAUUCAGUAUUCAGUGGGUAUUGCGAACCACCAGACUGCCAAGCACGUACGAGGGAAGGGAGGGCGAAGAAACUCUUCGCAAACAUUUGCCUACUCUCAUUUUUCAUAACACAUCAGGAAUAGGAUCUCCAAAACUUAGACCUAAGUGUGUAGUAGACUCUAGACAUGUAUUGCUCAUGGCUGUCCAUAGAGUAGCGAUAUAUUUUCCAGGAUACACUGGUAUAGAUGCUCCAGUAGAAAAAGCACUAGUUAGACACUAUCGCGAUCUCGAAGACCACCUUGUUGCCAACUAUGCUGAUUGGCUCCUACCAAGAUUAAGGGAGAAAACUGGAGGCGAAUUCACAUUGACAUAUUAUCCAGCAAACUUGAUGAGGCAACUAUAUAGCAAUGUGAAACAGCGCUUGCAAAGGGUAUAUGGAAAGAUUUGA